AUGUCGAAGCAGUCGAAGCCAAUAAGACAGGAGUAUAUAACCAAAAUCAGAUACACCAAUAACCUUCCACCACCACCAUUAAACCCUAAGUUCUUACAGUACAACCUCACGGAGAAUGUCACCCCCAAGCAAGAAGCCGAGUAUUUGAUGUCGUCGUUAUUCCGGAAGGAGAACUUCCGUGGUCUUAUCGACAACGUCGACGAGGAGCUCGGAAUGAACUUGAACUUGAUAAACAAUAGAGGUUUCCUUGAUGACGGGAAUGACAGUGUCAUCUACAAUAUGGUCAAAUCCGAGCAAGACGGCGUGAAAUCGGAAAAGCCAGUCUCAGUAAAGCUUCACCCCAAAGAUCGUAUAUUAUUGAGGGACGCAGGUAUAGGUAAGAUCUCCAAAUCUGAGCCUGGUGUGUCAUUCUUGAGAAGAACAGAGUACAUUGCCGAUAAGGACCCAGUGAAAAACGCAUCAUCCACAUUGGACCAAAACAAUAAGAAGAGCACCGAAGAGAGACAUGAUGCUAACUCUCAAUUGCAGGCUGUGGAGAGCAGUUUCGAAAAGGCACAAGAAACUUUAACCAAUUUCGCCACAUUGAAACACCCCAGAAAGAAGCACUUGACAGCUGUCGACGCUUGGCCAUUAUUACCAGAUACAUCCAUGAUGGACACUAAGUUCUUGACCGUGAAAUUUAUCGGGUCUGCAUCUGUGGACCGUGAGACGGAGUUGGCCAGAAGACAAGAAGGCUCUAAAUUCAACGAGAAGUUCCACCGUGACGCCUUAGAAUCUGCUAUCUUCAAGCCAAUCACUUCUGCUGAUGGUGAGUGGAUAAGUUUGUAUCAAGUUCGUGAUCCAAAGAAGGCUAGUGAAUUAAAUGAAAAGUUACAUUCUACGGAAAGAGAACGUCCCGUUAAUUUGUUAGAUGAAGACGACAAUACUCUUGAAGAGUACAGAUUCAAACACACCAAGAACUAUGAAAUGAAUUUCCAAAGAUUCACCAAGCCUAAUGAAGAGCUUUCAAUCAAAUUCAUCCCCGAAGAAGUUGAAGGAACCAAGAAGAGAAAGGUUGCAUACUAUUACCCUGUGACAGGUAGAAUUGAUUUAAAGAAGCACAGAGCAUCCACAAAUUCGGAAGUGAAUAGAUUCUUGAAGGAUACCACUAUCGAUGCGAUCAAUUUCAAGUUAAGAGAACCAAAUACCUCUGAACUUAAGAAGAUGGAUGCUAUCAGAUCAGAGUUCGAUCCUAUGGAGUACGAAGGUGAAGAAGAAGAGGAAGAGGAAGAAAAGGAUAUUGGUGAUGAGUUUAAUGAAGCUUCAAAAUCAUUGGAAGCAUGA